GAAACGAGUAGGGCGGCCGAGGCAGCGCUUGUGGCGAACUAGGUACCCGGCUGAUGUUGUUGCGCCCUGUUUUCCUCCCUGCUGCAUGCUAUACUCCUUGAUGUAUGUCUUUUGUAUUGCCUUCGGCCUCUGUGCUGUUUUUCUUUUUUUCAUGUCCUCCCUGCCUACUCUGCCGUGUUGGGUUGACGAGGGUCUAUCGCGACUUCGAGCGCGGAGUGGGGGGUUGACGGCCGCGGAGAUGGCGGAGGUAGCGCAGGACGACCUCGCAGACGUUCUGCGCCACGUACAUUGGAAUAAGGUUGACGAGGGUCUAUCGCGACUUCGAGCGCGGAGUGGGGGGUUGACGGCCGCGGAGAUGGCGGAGGUAGCGCAGGACGACCUCGCAGACGUUCUGCGCCACGUACAUUGGAAUAAGGCGAAGGCGAAACACAUCCGAGAGUCGGCCGGCAUCAUCGUGCGGCGUCACCGUGGCGUGGUCCCUAGGCGCAGGGCGGAGCUGCUGGCCCUCCCGGGCGUCGGUCCCGCCCUCGUGGAAAUCCUGCUCAACGUUUUCGAUUCCUGGGAUGAGGACGACAAGGCGUCGGCGGCGGCGGCGGCGGCGGCGGCGGCGUCUUCGCCCGAAGCGGGAGCGGUGGCGGGUGGUGGUGACCGCGGUGGCGACGUGGAUGGGGUCGAAGGCGACGGCGGUGGUGGAGGUUGUGACGGUAGCGAUGGUGUUGGUGAUGGAAGCAGCGGCGGCGACGGUAGCGAUAGUGUUGGUGAUGGAAGCAGCGGCGGUGACGGUAGCAGGCUCGGUGUCGGUGGCGAAGGUGCGGACGAUGACGACGAAACGCGCGGCGAGAGAAUACGAUUGCCAAGGGGUGGGGGCAUGCAGACAGAGAGCGGGCGCCAGCUUGUGGACUUGACCGGCGGAGUUGACGGGGACAGCACCGAUAGAGACGGAGGCGAUGACAAAGGACCAAGCCACAGAGAGAGGACCAAGGACGAGGAACCAACAACACAGCGCAAGGGGAUCGAGGAUCAAGACGGAGAGAACGGCAAGCGGGGGGCAGAUCAAGGCGUCCCCGGGCCCUAGCUUGUGAACAACGGCCUUGCGCUGCUAUAAAAAGACGAAGACGCCCCUCUCACGGAACGGAGAUAAAAGGAAGCUCGAGAAAGCAGGGACGACACUGACGUGUGAUUGUCGUCGUGUACGGCCGGCGUCUCGCUGUGUCCACGUUGUCGACGACGUCUUGACUUGAGUCUAAAACCGUUCUUAACUCUCUACACG